UUUCUUUUUCUUGUUUCUCUCUGCCAAGCAUCUUUUCUUCUUUCCACUUUUAUGGGUUCCUUUCUUUCCACUCUCACCUCUCAACACCCACACUUUACCUUCUUAAACUUAAACCUCUAGUGCUUCUCAACCUCUUGUUAUUCUCACUCAACCAUUUCUUCACAAUCUUAAGGAAAACAUAAUUAUUUUCAAGAAUUCUGCUCUUGUUCUUAGUGGGUUUGUGCUAAUAAAAUCAUUGCAAGUUUUUUUUUAUUUUUUUUAUUUUUGUUUGGGGGGGUUUUAUAAAUUUCAAGAAUUUAGAGGCUCAUGUGGUUCAAAUUGAUAAAAAAAGUAGUUAAAUUUUGUCAUUUUGUUCAAUGAUUUAGCCUGUGUUUUUAAUUUUCUUGAAUCUUUAUAAAAAAAAAAGUUUCUUGCUUUGAUCCCUUGUUUGUGAAUUUAUUUUUAUAAAAUUUCAAGAAUUUAGAGGCUAUUAUGGUUCAAAUUGAUAAAAAGUAGUUAAAUUUCUCAUUUUUUUUCAAUGAUUUAGCCUGUGUUUUUAAUUUUCUUGAAUCUUUAUAAAAAAAGUUUCUUGCUUUGAUCCCUUGUUUGUGAAUUUAUUUUUAUAAAAUUUCAAGAAUUUAGAGGCUAUUAUGGUUCAAAUUGAUAAAAAGUAGUUAAAUUUCUCAUUUUUUUCAAUGAUUUAGCCUGUUUUUUCUUAAUUUUCUGGAAUCUUUAUAAAAAAAAGUUUCUUACUUCAGUCUCUUAUUUGUGAAUCCAUGGGACUUUGUCAUGGAAAACCCAAUCAAACCCUCGAAAAUCAACUCGAAAACACGAAUUCCCUCGACGAAAUCGAACCAACAACACUAAAUUCCACUAACAAAACAUCAAAAACAUCAAAUUUCCCAUAUUAUAGCCCAAGCCCAUUUCACAACAGUUCUGCAUUCAAGAACUCACCUGCAAACUCUAGCGUAAGUUCGACGCCUUUACGGAUAUUCAAACGGUCUUUCGCACCGCCAUCGCCUGCGAAACAUAUACGGGCUUUGCUUGCUAGACGACACGGGUCCGUUAAGCCGAAUGAGGCUUCGAUUCCUGAAGGAAAUGAGUUUGUGGUUGGGUUAGAUAAGAAUUUUGGGUAUUCGAAACAGUUGUUGAGUAAUUAUGAGCUUGGCGAAGAAGUGGGUCGGGGGCAUUUUGGGUAUACUUGUGUUGCGAAGGGUAAGAAAGGGAGUAUGAAGGGUCAAGAUGUUGCUGUUAAAGUCAUCCCCAAAUCAAAGAUGACAACGGCAAUUGCCAUUGAAGAUGCUAGGAGAGAAGUAAAAAUAUUAAAGGCUUUAACGGGUCACGACAAUCUUGUUCAGUUUUACGAUGCUUAUGAGGAUGAAGAUAAUGUCUAUAUAGUUAUGGAGUUAUGCAAAGGUGGUGAACUAUUAGACAGGAUACUUGCAAGGGGUGGUAAAUACUCCGAAGAAGAUGCGAAGGCCGUUAUGGUCCAAAUAUUAAGAGUCACCGCGUAUUGUCACCUACAAGGUGUGGUUCACCGCGAUCUCAAGCCUGAGAAUUUUUUGUUUAUAUCUAAGGACGAGCAUUCACUCCUUAAAGCCAUUGACUUUGGACUCUCCGACUAUGUAAAGCCAGAUGAGCGGUUGAACGAUAUUGUUGGAAGUGCAUACUAUGUAGCUCCCGAGGUCUUACAUAGAUCAUAUGGAACAGAAGCCGACAUGUGGAGUAUUGGUGUCAUUGCUUAUAUUCUUUUAUGUGGAAGUCGGCCCUUUUGGGCCCGCACAGAGUCCGGAAUCUUCCGGGCCGUUUUGAAGGCGGACCCGAGUUUUGAUGAAGCCCCGUGGCCUUCUUUGUCAACCGAAGCGGUUGACUUUGUCAAAAGGUUGUUAAACAAAGAUUACCGAAAAAGACUUACCGCUUCACAAGCUCUAAGUCAUCCAUGGUUGGCCAAUUAUCACGAUGUGAGAAUACCGUUGGAUAUGAUAAUCUACAAGACCGUAAAAUCAUAUAUAUGUUCAUCUCCUCUACGAAAAGCUGCUUUAGUGGCUGUCGCAAAGACUUUGACAGUUACAGAUCUCGGUUAUAUUCGUGACCAAUUUGUGUCGUUAGGGCCGAAUAAAAGCGGAUUUAUAUUCAUGCAAAACUUCAAAUCGGCUUUAUUGAAGAAUUGCACCGAGGCUGUAAAGGAUUCGCGCGUGCUAGAUUUUGUCCAUAUGGUGAGUUCUCUUCAAUACAAAAAAAUGGAUUUUGAGGAAUUUGGAGCGGCAGCCAUUAGCAUUCAUCAGUUAGAAGCAAUGGACAACUGGGAGCAACUUGCACGUCGUGCGUAUGAGCUCUUUGAAAAAGACGGAAAUCGCCCUAUCAUGAUCGAAGAACUUGCCUCGGAACUUGGGCUAAGCCCGUCGAUACCAGUUCACGUGGUUCUUCAAGACUGGAUUAGACAUGCAGACGGUAAGCUCAGUUUCUUAGGAUUCGUUCGGCUUCUGCAUGGAGCCUCAUCACGCGCAUUCCAGAAGGCUUGAAUCAUAUAAACAAAAAAUCGGAAAAAAAAAAUAACGCCAUCAGAAACGGGUGAUACAAAAUGUCUUCAAGAAUUUGAAGCGAGAAUCCACGAAACGAGAAACGUUCGCAAGUUUCGUUCACUCAAAAGACCAUUUGCAGCAACCUCAUUGUCAAAAUAGAGAAUUGUGUACAUAGGUAGUAGUCUCAGUGUGUUUAGUUUACUAGUUUAGAAACUGCAUAAUGGUUGAGUGAAUUUUGUGUCAGUUUUUUUUUUUUUUUUUUUUUUAAUGUGUUGAGAUGUAUUGUUGUUAUGUAACUUGAAACAAUUUUAUGUCAUCUUAAUAAUGGUCAAAACAACUUGUUGAGUGAAUUU